AUGUCUAAGGACCUGCAGAAAACCUUAAAUGGCCAUCAACUUGGUGCGACUAUAACAGUGUGCAACUACUCAAACAUACCUGAGAAAUCGAGAUCGUCCUCGUGUUUCCCCUCUGAUGCUCCGCAUGUCACAAUCAUCCGACCUAUCAAGGGCCUGGAACCUUCCUUGUACGAAUGUCUUGCAGCAACCUUUCAUCAGGACUAUCCUAGUCAGAAAUUGACGAUACAUUUCUGUAUCGCCUCAAGAGGUGACCCGGCCUUCCCGAUUCUCGAACGCCUGCUGUGCGAUUUCCCCGCUUUCGACGCAAGAAUUUUGGUCGAAGAUGGGGAUCCAGCAUUACUCGACCAGAGUGCCGCAACUGCCUGUAUCGGACCCAAUCCAAAGAUCCGUAACAUGAGCAGAGGUUACCGGGAAGCAAAAGGAGAUAUAGUAUGGAUCAUCGACUGUAACGUGUGGGUGGCUAGCGGCACGUGCGGAAGAAUGGUGGACAAGCUCUGUGGGUUUUCUAGGAAUGGUUCUACAAGGUCAUACAAGUUCGUUCACCAACUCCCCAUUUGUGUCGACGUGGAUAGUGAGCUCUCUGGACGCGAGACGAAUGGCUUCGAGAAUGAAGACUUUGGAAUGCCGCACUCAAGAAGAGACUCCAAAAUGUGCAGGUCAUGGCUGUCAAUAGGGGGAGGACGCCUUGAAGAGCUCUUCCUCUCGUCAUCCCAUGCAAAAUUCUACACAGCCAUCAACACAGUAGCAGUCGCACCCUGCAUCGUCGGCAAGUCAAAUAUGUUUCGACGAUCGCAUCUCAACUACUUAACUUCUCCUAGACAUAUUUCCUCAAAAACCCCCAUGUCUUCUAGUCCAGGUAAUGGUGAAGGCAUCGAUUUCUUCUCCCACAACAUCUGUGAAGACCACCUGAUCGGCGACCUCCUCUGGCGCAGCACCAUCCCCUCCGACCCGAACCUCGGUAACCACGCCCUCCUCUUUGGCGACCUAGCCAUCCAGCCCAUCGCAAAUAUGAGCCUUGCCGCCUACAUCGCUCGCCGAGUCCGCUGGCUACGCGUUCGCAAAUUCACCGUCACUCUCGCAACGCUAGUAGAGCCAGGGACAGAGAGCUUCCUCUGCUCCGCUUAUGGCGCCUUUGCGGCCACUUCCUUGGAUUGGUUUACACACAAUGUCGGCAUUCCUCAAACGUGGACCGCUUUUGCUACCCUCUGGCUCAUCAGCAUCUCCCUCUGGGCCCUCGUCGACUGGUCUGUCUACCUUCUCCUACACUCGGGCAAGACCAUCCAAUUCAGCAAUAACAGCAAUGACGUGCCUUUCUUUGCGCGCCCCCUUCAAACACUUUCCCGCCGCCCCUUUAUCGAAUGGUUGGCCGCAUGGCUUGCACGUGAAACCCUCGCCCUACCGAUCUGGACCUGGGCUUUCUGGGGCGGCGUGACGGUCGUCUGGAGAGAUCGCAGAUUCCGGGUUGGGAUGGAUAUGCGGGUGCAUGAGAUCAGCGACGGCGACGAAGACGAAAGGCGUUCAAAAAUAGAAUAA